AUGUCUGGUUCUGAUAUCCUUGAUAUCAAUGUACCCAGGGUCAUUGAUACAGAUGACUGUGUUUAUUGUUUUGAAACGAUGAAGAAUAAAGAUGAGGGUCGUGAACAUUCAUUAUUCAUCUGUCUACGCUGCUUUCAGUCUUUCUCCGAAGAGCAUUGGGAACUACAUCAAGAGGUUGUUUUGAGUGAGACUGGUUCUACCCAUGAUCUGUAUCUCAGAGUAUUCAAGGUUCUAAAACCAAAACAAGAGCGAGAAGAAGCUGGCACGCCACCAUUGGAAAAGAAAUUAAAGCUUGAGGUUAAGGAUGUGAAUGAGGAUGAUCUAUAUGAUACCCACUGGCUGCUUGGAUCUGUGGAACAUGGAGAAUUGUUAUCUUCAGACACUCCAUCUAUUCCUAAGGAAUGGAGUGACAAAAUUAGUGAAAUCUUGCAAACAAAAUCCUCAUCAUAUCAAGAUAUGUCAAAUACCUGGACACUUGAAUUAAAGUCAUGUCCACACAUACAGACUUUCGACUUAUCGAACUUGGAGAAGCGAGAAGGUGGCAUUUCUCAAAGCUGUAACGACUGUGGUCUUACUUCUAACCUUUGGUUAUGUCUCCAUUGUGGAAACGUCGCCUGUGGAAGAGAGCAGGUUGGGAUAGAGGGGUACUCUCAUGCUUUGAAACAUUAUGAAAGCACAGAUGGCCACGCUUUAGCGAUAAAAUUGGGCUCUUUGACAGCUGAUGCAGCUGAUAUAUACUGUUAUUCUUGUGAUGAAGAUGUGAAAUUCACCCAUAAUCUGCAGUUGCAGGAUAUCUUGAAGUUUUGGGAAGUCGAAGUACCAGCCAAGUCCAAAGAAAAGACAUUGGUGGAAUUGCAAGUGGAACAAAGUCUGAAAUGGGAUUUUCAAAUGGUAGAUUCACAAGGUAAAAGUUUAAAACAUCUACAAAAUGGUCCUGAAUACGGUUUGGGCUUAUUAAAUUUGGGCAAUUCUUGCUACCUAAAUUCUGUAUUGCAAGUUUUACUUAACGGUGGGAUCAGAAAUUGGAACCUAGAUGGAUUAGGAUCCUUUCCUACAGAUGUCGUCUAUCCAAGAACGAAUUUACACUGUCAACUAAUCAAAAUCAGAAAUGCUAUGACCUUACAGCAAUCCAGAUAUCCUGAGGGUAUUAAACCCACCACUUUCAAAAAGGUUAUUGGGGGCUCGCAUGAAGAAUUUUCCUCUGGAAGACAGCAAGAUUCCUUGGAAUUUUUUUCCUAUCUCUCUGAUAAAUUGGAUAGAGAGAUAUUUAAAAAUACUACUACCAAUCCAAACGAUUUGUUUAGAUUCAACAUUCAAGACAAGAUUAAAUGUGACAAUUGUAACAAAGUUAAGUUCAUGGAUCAAGUUUCAGAAGUCAUUCAGCUUCCAUUAAGAAAACUAGACGGGGAGCAAAAUCUAAUUGACAGGUUAAAUGAUUACUUCAGUGGGGAAAAAAUUGAAUACCGUUGUCUCACCAAUAAGAAAAUUAACACUGCAUCAAAAGUACCAGGGUUCUCUAGUUUCCCACGUACACUUAUCAUAAACCCGAUUAGAAUUGAGUUAAUCAACUGGCAGCCAAGCAAGACAUCAGAGCAAGUUGUGGUACCUGGUGUACGCGAUGAUGCUUUACUAGAUAUGUCCCCAUUCAAAGCUACAGGAAUUUGCGAAGGGGAAGAAGUCGAAGAAGAAGAGGAAUCAGAUUCCUUCCAAUUCAACGAAUUGUUCCUAGGACAAUUAGAACAGAUGGGAUUCUCUCGCAAUGCUACCAAAAGAGCAUUAUUUGAAACGGGAAACUCUGACCCUAAUGCAGCCACGGAAUGGUUGUUCCAGCAUAUGGAGGACCCUAACUUAAACGAGGCCUUUGAUCCUCAUGCUUCAUCCUCAGCGAAAAAUCGUGUCGAUUCAGAAGCACUAAACAGUAUGACUGCUAUGGGGCUUGAUUCGAAACUAUGCCGCAAAGCUUUGAUAUUGAAGAAUGGUGACGUCAAUGCCAGUGUAGAAUGGGUUUUCUCCCAUAUGGAUGACGACGGGGAGUUACCUGAAGCUGAGGAAUGGAAGGAUCAAUCCAGAAAAAGUUUUGGAAUCCCAGCAUCGUCAAUUGCCUCUGCUAAGUAUAAACUGACUGCUGUCAUAUGCCAUAAAGGUAAUUCAGUUCACAGUGGCCAUUACGUUGCAUUUAUUAAGAAAGUGGUCGAAGGAAAAGAACAAUGGGUUCUCUACAACGAUGAAAAAAUUCUCUUGGCCAACGAUGAACCAAAUUUCGAGGACAUAGAAAAGAAUGGCUACAUGUUUUUCUUCAACCUUGAAGAAUAA